UUGGCCGAGCCGCCGUGACGCACGCGAAGAGGAUUGGCCGAGCCGCCGUGACGCACGCGAAGAGGAUUGGCCGAGCCGCCGUGACGCACGCGAAGCGCAUUGGCCUCCGGCGCGCGGCGGAGUGACGAACGCGGCUCUGAUUGGCCGAGGCGGCCGUGCGGGUUGCGGAACGAGGAGGAAGAGGCGGUGGCGGGGCCGCGGAGCGAUGGCGGCGGUGGCUGCGUUCAGCCUGAGGGAGGUUCUGGACGCGUUCCGGAGGUGCGUGACGGAGCAGCGGGAGGUGCUGCUGGAGCCUUACCUGAGCGGCUGGCGGGGGCUCAUCCGAUUCCUGCAGAGUUUGGGCACGGUUUUCUCCUUCAUCUCCAAGGACGCGGUGGCCAAGGUGACGUUGCUGGAGGAGCUUUGCGAGCGCCAGGGCCUGCCGUCGGUGCAGUCCCUGCUGGGGCAGGAGCUGGCGGCGGGAGCCGCGGCGCUGCGGGCUCGCCCCGACUCGGGCUCCCGCACCUUGCUGCGGCUGCACCGCGCCCUGCGCUGGCUGCAGCUCUUCCUGGAGGGGCUGCGCUCGGGCGAUUCCCGCACCUCCGUGCUCUGCACCGACGCCUACAACGCCUCUCUGGCCGAGCACCACCCCUGGUUCGUCCGCAAAGCGGCCGCCGUGGCGUUCUGCGCGCUGCCGGCCCGCGACGCUUUCCUGGACAUCAUGAACGUGGGGACUCGCGAGGAGGCCGUGCUGAUGCUGGGCGAGGCGGUGCCGCACAUCGAGGAGGUGUACAGGGUCACUCAGCAGCUCCUGGAGCGGCACGGCCUGCUCGACCUGCCCUGACGGCGCUGCCGCCCUGGCGAUCCCCUGGCCGAGCUCCUUCCCCUCGCUUUGUUUUGUAC